AUGGACGCCUUCUCCGGAUAUAAUCAGAUCCGAAUGGCACCUGAAGAUCAGAGACACACAGCCUUCAUCACCAGCCUUGGGGCAUACUAUUACAAAGUAAUGCCGUUCGGGCUGAAGAACGCUGGCGCAACCUAUCAGAGGACCAUCAACAAGAUAUUCGCCCAACAGAUAGGGCGAAACCUAGAGGUCUAUGUGGACGACAUGAUCGUAAAAAGCCGGGUAUCGGGAGAUCACCUGACGGACCUAUCAGAAACAUUCGCCACACUCCGAAACUGCGGCCUUCGGCUCAACCCCGCAAAGUGCGCCUUCGGCGUCAGUUCAGGAAAGUUCCUCGGAUUCAUCAUACAUGAAAGAGGGAUCGACGUCAACCCGGAAAAGGUCCGGGCGAUCCUCGACAUGCAGGCCCCUCGGACGGUCAAAGACCUACAGCGACUGAAUGGACGUCUGGCCGCCCUAUCCCGAUUCCUGCCCCGGUCGGGCGAUCGCUGCCUCGCCUUCUUCCGUGCAAUAAGAGACCCGAAGAAUUUCCAAUGGACGCCCCAGUGUGAGGAAGCUUUCCGACAGGUCCAGCAACAUUUGGCCAACCUUCCCCGCCUCGCUUCAGUCACUGCUGGAGAGGAGCUCGGCGUUUACCUGGCUGCCUCACAGCACGCAGUCAGCUCGGUCCUCAUCAAGGAAGCCGGCGAACAGCUCCCCAUAUACUACACCAGUCAUGUCCUGAGCGGGCCCGAGGAGCGAUAUCCCCCAAUAGAGAAGCUCGCCCUCGCGCUCAUGCUGGCAGCCCGAAAGUUACGCCCCUACUUUCAAGCUCAUCCGAUCAAGGUAAUCACCGACCAACCUCUUAGUCAAGUACUAUCAAAACUCGAUGUCGCAGGUCGACUCCUCAAGAGGUCGAUCGAGCUCGGAGAGUUCGACAUCCGCUACACACCCAGGACCGCCAUCAAAGCACAAGCCCUGGCCGACUUCAUCUCUGAGCUCGCCCAUGCCGAAGGGCGGCCCCCCAGUGAACUAGGCGGAACGUGGGUCCUACAGGUGGACGGCUCGUCCGCUUCAACGGGGGCCGGCGCAGGACUGGUGCUGUCGGCCCCCGAUGGGCAGACGUUCGAACGUUCCCUCCGCUUCGGGUUCCAUGCCACGAACAAUGAAGCUGAGUACGAGGCGCUCCUAGCGGGGCUCAGACUAUCCCGCGAGAUGCAGGUCGACGCCAUCAAAGUCCUCACCGAUUCGCAGUUGGUGACCGAGCAACUUAACGGCGGAUACGUGGCCAGAGAACCCACUAUGGCAAAAUACGUAACGGAGGUAAAAAACUUAGCCUCCUGUUUCGCACACUUCACGAUAUCCAGGGUGCCAAGACAUCAGAACGACCGAGCCGAUGAGCUGGCCAAGCUAGCCUCGAAGCGACCCCCGGGCACCACCCACGGGAUCGAGGAGCUCUCCUCCCCCUCUAUCCCGGUCGCGUAUGUGUCGGCGGCCGACACCCGAGCCACCUGGGUAGGGGAUAUGCUGCGCUACAAACGCGACGGGACCCUCCCCACCGACGAAGCCGCAGCUCGGCGUAUUCGCCGAAAACAGGCAUGGUACACCGAAGCGAACGGGCGGCUGUACAAACGGUCUUUCUCCCAUCCUCUGCUGCGGUGCCUCGAGCCAGAGGAGGCGGCGAUAGUCUUGGCCGAGGUCCACGAGGGGAUUUGCGGAGAGCACAUCGCCGGCCGAACCCUGGCCUGCAAAAUUCUCCGCCAAGGCUAUUACUGGCCCACCAUGGUUCAGGACGCGAAGGCCUACGUACGGAAGUGCGGCCCGUGCCAAAGGCACGCCCGGACCCCCCAACUGCCGGCGGUGCCGCUCUCCCCCAUCACUUGCGCGUGGCCGUUCGCGCAAUGGGGGCUGGAUCUCCUCGGCCCCUUCCCCCCAGCCUCAGGGCAGAGAAGAUACAUUGUGGUCGCAAUAGACUACUUCACCUGA